UCCUCAUCCCUCCCUCUCAUCAGUCUUUCUGCUCCACGUCUGCCGCCAGAGGCUCCCGGGACCGCCACAACCCCAUUAUUUUAAUAUCUCAUAUGCGUAAAGGCAAACCAACAGGAUAUGGAUUACUGGACCAGACAUGGAAAUUUAGAAUCGUUUUUGCAAUCGCUUUGUUUUUCUGGGAGUUAGUUCUUCAUCACUACAGGAGUGUCACACGGAAUAAUACCCUUUUAUAACUCUGGAACCGGGGUUUUGUUAUUUCCCACAUCAAGCGGAGCCGCCUGGGGAGCGCUAAAUGCGGCUGACUGGCGACCCUUCAUCGGGAAACAUGAACAGCAGCGGGUCGGGUAACUUUCUGCUGGUGCCCAUACCGGAGUACCCUCUGCUGGACUGCGUCCCCAACAAGACGGUGAAGAUCGUGGUGCUGGGGGCCAGCAACGUAGGAAAGACCGCUUUGAUUGUCAGAUUUCUGACGAAGAGGUUCAUUGGGGAUUACGAAGCAAACACAGGAGCGCUCUACUCCAGAAAGGUCACUCUGGAUGGGGAGGAAGUGUCGCUUCAGAUUCAGGACACGCCCUGUGUGGCUCUUCAGGAUGAUGCUGAAGGCCUCUACUGCCAGGAGCAGAUCAACAGAUCAAUCUACUGGGCAGAUGGGUAUGUUUUGGUUUUCUCCAUCACAGACAACAGUAGCUACCGAACAAUCCAGCCUCUAUACCAGCACAUCAGACGAAUACACCCUUCUGGAAACAUACCAGUUAUACUGGUUGGAAACAAGAGUGACCUGCUUCGAGCCAGGCAAGUGCCUGUUGACGAAGGCGAGACGUUAGCUACUUCGCUAGGAGGAGUUUACUUUGAGGCCUCGGCUAGAGAGAACCACGAGGGAGUCCAUGCCGCCUUCAUACAUCUCUGUCAGGAGGUGAUACGGGCGUUAGGAGGAGGAAACGGAGAGAAAAGAAGAGGGGGUCUCCACCUGGCCAGACCCAAAUCUCCUAACAUGCAAGAGCUGAAGAGGAGGUUCAGGCAAGUCCUCUCCUCCAAAGGGAAGUCCGCCACGACUAUCUGACUGCAACUAGGGACAAAACACGUCCACACGCAAGAGACAGAGACGAGAGAGGAGCAGUCUUCUGCAGAAAUGAAGGGUUGAAGGAGAAAUCUCAGCAGGAGGUAACAAGGAGCAGUGACCUCUCGGUUCUGGAGCUGUUCAUGAAGCCAGCCGAGGCUUUCUGAGGAGAUCAAAGAGUCCUCAGAUGGACGUGUGACUAAAGGAGGAGCCUGAACUGAGCAGGACUCACGGUCAGCUGGAGCUCCUAUCAGCACAGAACUCAACAUGCACAUGCCAAAAACAGUUCAUGUCUGGCUUUUAGAGCAUGAUAAUUACUCAUUUUUUAAAAUAAAUCAUCAAAAAUUAUAAUUAAACUCGGUAGUUUCAUGAGUUCCAUCUUUAACCAUAUGCUUCUCAUCUCAUUUUCUGUUUGCUUUUCAAAAUAAACUUGAAAGAUGUUUGAUUUUAUACAAUUUACAAUAUUCUGCACUCGGGAAUUUCGUUUUUUUUUUUUUUUU